UUACUUUUAAGAAAGCAGUUGAAUUUAUACUGAAAAAUUUAUAUAAAGUUUUUAUUUGAAAGGCAAUAUUAGCUUGUGUCCUUGAGCUUCAGCGUUUAUCGAUAACACCAUCGGCCGCUUACCAUCGCUAACAUAAUAACAAAGUGCAAUCUGCAGCGGAAUUCGCGGAAUAAAUGAUAAGUUUUGAGCCCGAUUUAAGUUUCUAAAAGUUGUUCCAGCACAUUGUGGUAAAUCCGAGUGAUGGCGAACGAGCAGUGCUUUGUGCCCCGGUUGCCGGUGGACAGGGAGGAGAUCCAGUUCCACGACUGGCGCAUCAGCUAUGAGAAGUCGCACAUCUUAAAGAGCAGCUGCAAACUGGGCACUGCCGAAUGCUGCCCGAAGGACGCCCCCGAAGUCUGCGACCUCUGCCACUACCAGCAGUCCCUGGAGCUGCCCCACCUGCCCGACAUGGUCUUCCACAAGAACCGGCUGCUGCUGAAGCACAAGAACGGCGCCGUCCUCGAGUUCCGGCCCAUGGACGCUCUGGCCCUGGUGGACAACGGCAAGCAGCCACUGGAGGUGGCCUGCGCCCAAGAAUGGCGCGAAACGCGAUCCGAGCAAACGCGGGAGGAGAAGUUUAAGCCCUUCGACUGGACGUUCACGUCCACUUAUCAAGGAACCAUGAACGACAAGGUGCGAUCGGAGAGCACGGAACAGACUCUGAACAAGUUCAAACUGAUGCAGCGUGAGAACAUCAUCUUCUACCACGAUCUGACCCUUUUUGAGGAUGAACUGCACGACCACGGCAUUUCUGUGAUGAGCGUGCGUAUUCGCGUAAUGCCCUCUGGUUUCUUUGUACUUCUGCGACAUUUCCUGCGAGUGGACAACGUACUCAUCCGCAUGCACGACACUCGCUUCCACCACGAGAUCGAGAACGACUACAUCCUGAAGGAGUAUAUACACCGUGAGGCGCCCUGCACAGAUCUCCAGAACUCCGUGGCCUUUUGGACCAACCCCGAUGAAAUGCAAAGCUUUCUGCCCGUAAAGACCAAGGAGCUGCACAAGCUAUUCUUUACGUAGGUUCUUUUUAACUAUGCUGCUAUGUGCGUUUAUUUAUUGCCAACCAGUGUGCGCAUGCGCAGACAUUAAACGUGAUUUUCAUAAAAGGCA